ACUUUUAUUCAAAAUAAAUUUUGUCCGUUUUCGUGGUAUAUCCUUUGCUGGUAUAAACUCGCACUUAAAGUCUGGCAUCUCACUUUCAUCUGUCAACUGUUAUGUUAUUUAUUGACUUGUUUAUUAUAUUUUCUACAAUUUGCUGGAUUUACGAAACGAUGCCUGGGUGUUGUUUAUGUGGAAAUGACUUUAAAAUAGGAUUCAAAAUUUUCGAGGUACGCUUUGGACAACCACCUGUAGUAAUUCAUGAUAUAGUAAUUGAAUGCAUUGGUCCAAGUUAUAAAGUAAAAGAAAAUAAAAAAAUUUGUAAAAAAUGCUACGGAAAAAUUCAAAAAUAUUACAAAGCCAAAAUAGAAAUGCAACGCAUUCAAAAAGAACUGAUGAAUUUAUACAAAAACGUCGAAAACCAAAAGGAUGAUGACUCAAAUAAAAGCGACAACGACACAAGAAGUGAAAUUCAAUCAUUCUCAGAAGUUAAACUUGAUGAAAAUUAUAGUAAUUUUUCCCCAGUUAUGAAAAAAGAAAUAAUUGAUGAGAAAUACAUUGAUUUUCAUACAGAUCUGGGUCUCAACGACUUUGAUUUUGAUAACAAAUCUGAAAGUGAAUGUAUUGAUAGUUUGGACAUUAGCAAUGCUAAAAAAACGGAAACAGAUGGAAAAAAAACUAUAAAUGAGAGUCUAAACAGUAAUAAAACAGCACAUAAGCCUGUAAAGAAACGGACGAAAACUGCUUACAAGUUUGGUUCUAUAUGUGACCAGUGUGGGAAAACUUUUCAUUCAUACACUGGUUUUAUUUAUCAUCGUCGAACACAUGAUCCAGUAAAACAUUUUAAGUGCAGCAUUUGCGGCGAAAGUUAUCGCAACAAGUUUCGUCUUAAAUUGCACAUGGCUUAUCACACGGGUGAAACUCCAUUCGAGUGCGAUAUUUGUAGUAAACGAUUUGUUCACAAAAUUGGUUUAAAUAAACACAAACAAACGCAUGAUGAACGAUCACGACGAGUAGAAUGUGAACAAUGCGGGUUUAAAGUGCGUUCAAAGUCACAUUUACUUCGACAUAUGAUUACGCAUACAGGAGCAAGACCUUUUCCUUGCCCAGUGUGUGACAAAUGCUUUGCCACAAAUUACGGUAUGAAAUUACAUCUGAAAGAACAUCAAAAUCCAGGUAGUACUAGACAACAAAGAUAUCGAUGUAAAAUGUGUCCACGAACUUUUACAAAUAAAAAAAAUUAUGAAAAACAUUGUGAACAAAACGAUUGCAUUCAAGGAACAAACGAUAAUACAAAUAAACAGUGUUACGAAAACCAAGUGACGAAUAAAAGUUAGAAAUUAAAA